AUGGUUAUUCUGAAAGAAGUCAGCCAGCCAACCGAAGGCAUCAAGCUUGCCGCCGAAAACGUUCAAGCUUUCUACAAAACCGAUUCUCUUGGAAACGGAACUCUUUAUAUCACUGACAGCGCAGUAACCUGGAUAAGCAGAGCCGAUUCAAAAGGCUUCUCAGUUGCCUAUCCGGCUAUCGUUCUUCACGCCAUUUCCACAGAUGUUACCGUCUUCCCAUCAGAGCACGUCUUCGUGAUGGUUGAUCAACGGAAGUCUGUGAAAAGACGAAGACGUGCGCCUAUCCUUAGGACAAUUCAGGAAGCUGACGAGCAGAGAGGUCUCGAACUCGCCGCCGCUGAAUUGGAAGACGAGGAAAGCGACGACGAUGAAGAGGGACCGGGACUCGAGAUUCGGUUCGUGCCGGAUAAUAAGGAUUGCUUGCCCGAUAUCUACCAUCAAAUUCUGAAAGGACAAGAAGAGAACCCAGAGGAAGACGAUCCAAUGUACGAUGACGACCUAGAAGACGAGGAAGAAGAAGAGUACGGAGAGAUGGAUCAGAGUGAAGAUGGAAUGCCACCCGGGCAAUGGAUCACUGCUGACAAUAUCGACCAAUUCCAGGGAGGAGAUGGAAUGCAAAUGACCGAGGAAGGACUCGCCACAAUGAAGAGAAUCUUCGGAAAUCGUGAGCAUCACGACGAUUCAAUGGAAUAA